AUGGCGGGCGUCGCCACGGCGUAUUCGACUGAAGCCCUGCCCUCUGGAGGCGUGGACAAUGAAAAAUGGGAAUUCUCUGUACCAAUUGGUAGCGAUGGCACUCCCCAACAUUCCUCAAAACCACGGACCUCCCAUGACUCGAGCUCCGUCCGUGCGAGAUCGACUAGGAAUCGAAACUCCAACGGCUCACGAAGCUCGUCUGUCUCCCGAACCAUGCCCGGAAACGAUGCCCCUUAUUAUGCACACCGCGGCCGACGAGACCACAGUCUAAACCGACAUGGAAGUGAUAUUGGCAGUAUGCGUGAUGCCCCCGGGAACGAUACGUCGAGUCGCAGAGACACGGGCGAGGAGUUGGAUGAAAAAUCAAUGGAAUUCAACCCUGAGAGCUGGAUUCACCGAGACAAACUCGCCAAAAUCGAGAGCGAGGAACUUCACCAGGCGGCCAUAAUGUUCCAACGACGAAUGAGAGCCGAGAGCAAGUCGAGUGCGGGACGUGGCCAAAGCCAUGAUUCCCAUCAGAGUACUGCGAAUGGCGGCACUGCGGUGACAUCGCCGAACACAGAGCACUCGGAACCAUGGCCUCAACUCCGGGAGGAACAUAGGGGUAGCCGUGAAGGUGGCGAUGAAGAGAAGAAACACCAGUGGGAUCUUCGACGACCUGAAGAGAUUGCUGCAGACGAAGCAGCAGCCAGUAUCUACAGCAACCCCGGUCUCCGAAAGAGUUCCUCCCGCAUACCCAUUUCGAUGGCUAGUCCGGUGCCAUUGGGUAGCGGCCGCGAUUCCCGUGGUGCUCGCAGUCGUGCAGCUACGGAUGAACUUGAGGAUAUCGAGUUUUCUCGAGGCCGUAGAGCUAGCGAGCCUCUCAACACUGACGCCGAACCAACCACACCCUCUCCUAACAGCCGCCCUAACAGCCGCGGAUUCAACUUCAACACUACCCAGAACACCCCAAAGAAGACCCCAGCCAAGGCCACGGGAUCUGCGAACCGCAAGACCUCCGCCCCACCCACCAACCGAAAGCCUUCGGCCACGACAGCGAGAUCGCGUGCGGUCUCAGGGAACACAUCUCAACGACCAACCACCCGAGGAGGAGAAACCCGGCCUACCACCGGAGUCAAUCGUCCCGAGGGAGAUCCGCCAUGGCUGGCCACGAUGUACAAGCCGGAUCCUCGCCUUCCACCUGACCAGCAAAUGCUUCCUACCCUUGCCAAAAAGAUGCUGCAGGAACAGUGGGAGAAAGAAGGCCGGACGCCUAAUACCUACGAUCGAGACUUUGCGCCCCUGGCUGUGUAUCCUAACGAUAUCCCUCCUGUGCCGCCCAAGGCAGAGGAACCCAUCCAGCCAAGCGAGGAGAAGUACCAAGAACCACCUCAGCCACCUCAACCCCCCCAAGAGUCCCGAACCACCAAGGCCCAACACAAGUACCGGCUAUAG